CUUGCUCACUAAUUUCCGGCCUAGCGCAGGUGCGGAAGCGGCAAACGGUCGCGCCUGGUUGAGUGCUCUGUGUUUCGCCCUAAUGGCUGACCAGGAGGUGUUCGUUGCUCAGCAGCAGCCGCUGGCCGACAGAGAUAACGGGAUGCUGGACGGCGCCGAGGAGGAUCCUGCUGCCGCUUUUCUGGCGCAGCAGGAGAACGAGAUUGCGGGUAUCGAGAAUGACGUGGGCGUCCUGGAGGGCCGCGAGGUGCUGUCGGCGAUGCAGGAUCCAGACGACCUUGGCCUGGGUGCUGUUGAUGGAGGGGUUAAUGGAAAUAUCCAUCAGGAGAGUAAUGGUCCAAAAGACUCCUAUGCUGCCAUAUCCCAAGUAGAUCGACUACAGUCAGAACCAGAGAGUAUUCGUAAGUGGAGAGAGGAGCAAAAGGAGCGCCUGGAGCAACUUGAUGCUAACUCACGAAAACAGGAAGCAGAAUGGAAAGAAAAAGCAAUAAAGGAGUUGGAAGAGUGGUAUGCAAGGCAAGAUGAAAAGCUCCAGAAAACAAAAGCCAGCAACAGGGUGGCAGAUGAAGCUUUCUACAAACAACCCUUCGCUGACGUGAUUGGUUAUGUCACAAACAUAAAUCAUCCUUGCUACAGCCUAGAACAACACUUUCUCCCACCAGCAUGGUGGACUGGAUAUAUGGAGAGCAAGAGAAAGGAAGACUUGCUCUUACUGCUGAUCACCUACUGGCUUGGAGCUCUGUCUGCCAAGGUGGUUGAAUUUGAAAGAAACUGAUCCAGAGUAUCUCUGCUCAGCUGCUUCGUUGGCUGUCCAAUUUCACACAGCAUUCACAGAGGCUGUAUUCUAGCCUUUCUCUGGUAAGACUUACCUUAGCUCUCUAUCUUGUAAGAAUAAUCUGUUCAGACUCAUACAUGGUUUCACCAUUUUUAUCAAAGAUACAGUAGCUUAACUAGUGUGUAGCAGAAUUGCUUUAAUACCUUUUGUGUACAAGCUGGAAGGUUGCUCCAGGCAGUUUUGAGAGGGCUGCAGAUGCAGAUUAAAAUUUACUAAGUUUCAGGGAGUUGCUGCAAGGCAACUAUUUUAGUAGCAGCUGUGUCCCUGGUUGAUAAGAUACUGAAUAAAUGGUUGCCAGCUGGGCUUCAAUAGUUAAGUUGUACCAUACUGUCUAUAGUGACUGUAGCUAUUCUCCUGUUUGCAAGUGUAUUCACAAGCUACUGCUAAGUGGUGAUGGAAAAUUAUAGUAGACUACAGAUUUGGAAGGUUAAUUCCAUGGAAGAUAAAAACAGGAGAAUAUUUUCUGAACUGCACAGGGCUACCACAGCUGAGUUUAAUAGGACUGAAACACAGAGUAAGUCCCUAGAAUACUGGUACUCUGUGCUAGCCUUGACCAAUUACACAUUCACCUUGACUGAAAACCUCCUUCUAUUCACCCCAAAGCUCUCAGCAUAAAGGCUUGUAAAAUGAAUUGAUAAUUUAAUAAAGGAAAACUCCACUGCAUUAAACAUACGUUUAAAAUGUUACUUUGAAUUUACUGGAAUUUGAAAGAUGAGCAAGUGAAGGGGGUUCUGCACACUGAGUUAUGGAACUGAUUAAUCAUCACAUUGUCCCAUCUCAUAGGACAUUUUAUCUGUGCUAGCACAUAGUUUUGAGCUACAAUCCAAGAAAAUGGGCAAAGACUCUCAAAUUCAAGGCCAAAGGAAUGUUACAGAAGUUAAAGCUUGUCUUAGAAGCUGAAUUUGCAAGGACUGACAACAUAUCUGCAGGUUUAUGUACACCAUCUAGCUGGACCACUUAACAAGCACCUCAGUUGGUUUUGGUUGUCUCCUCUAGCUCUUGUGCUAAUGUUUUAGAAGAUUUUUCUCUUCUGCCUUAAAGUUAUUAGGUUGGUGCAAAAGUAAUUGCAGUUUUUGCAUUGUUGAAAUUUGCUGUUUGAUAUUGGAACACAUUCUUACAUGUCUUAUGUUAUUCAUCAUUUUAAUGUGCUUUUCUUGCUUUGUUUUCUUGCUACUGACUUAUUACUUGCUGUGCACAUCACACAACCGACGCUUCAAAAGUUGAAUGAAUUGGGCUAUGAAGUUUUGCCUCAUCUGCUAUAUCACCUGAUCUCUUGCCAACCAACCACCACUGCUUGAAGUAUCUUGACAGCUUUUUGCAGGGAAAACACUUCCAUGACCAGCAGGAUGCAGAAAAUGCUUUCAGAGAGCUCAUCAAAUCCUGAAGCACAGAUGUUUACACUGCAGGAAUAAACAAGGUUAUUUCUUGUUGGCAAAAUGUGUUGAUUGUAAUGGUUCCUAUUUUGAUUAAUAAAGAUGUAUUUGAAUCUA